CAAAUCCUCACCUUCCCCUUCCCACUGCUCAGCCAUCCCCAAAACCCGCGCACACCGGCGACGGCCGGAGAACCUCCCCGCCGGCAACAGCCAUGCCGCCGCCUCUCCAGGCCCACCGCCUCCUCAUCUCCCACCGCCGCCUCCCCUCUCCCGCUCGCCGCCGGUUCACCGCCGCGUCUUCCCUCCAAUCCGCUCCCGCCACAACCCUGGCCCCGGGUCCCGCCACAUCCUCCAUCCUCUCCAUCCGCGAGUCGCUCCUUUCCGGCGAGAGGACAGCGGCGGACAUCACCUCCGAGUACCUCUCCCGCCUCCGCCGUACCGAGCCGAGCUUGCGCAGCUUCAUCCACGUCGCGGACGCCGCCGCCGAGCGGGAGGCGGAGGAACUCGACCGGAGGAUUGCGUCCGGGGAGAAGGAUGCGGUGGGGCCGCUCGCUGGAGUGCUGGUGGGAGUGAAGGACAACCUCUGCACCGCCAACAUGCCCUCCACGGGCGGGUCGCGGAUACUAGACGGGUACCGGCCGGCGUACGACGCCACGGCCGUGCGGCGGCUGCAGGAGGCCGGCGCUAUUGUGGUGGGGAAGACGAACCUCGACGAAUUCGGAAUGGGGAGCACCACCGAGGGCUCCGCGUUUCAGGUGACGACAAACCCGUGGGAUGAUUCACGUGUGCCUGGGGGAUCCUCUGGUGGUUCUGCUUCUGCGGUAUCUGCUAGGCAAUGUGUAGUGUCACUAGGAAGCGACACAGGGGGGAGUGUGAGACAACCAGCGUCAUUUUGCGGUGUAGUGGGGUUGAAGCCAACUUAUGGUCGGGUUUCUCGUUUUGGUCUCAUGGCCUAUGCUUCAUCGCUGGAUGUUGUGGGAUGCUUUGGUUCAUCUGUUUUUGACACUGCAACCAUCUUAUCUGUUGUUGCUGGCCAUGACAAGAUGGACUCAACCAGCAGUUCACAGGUUGUUCCAGACUAUGCAUCGGAGUUGGUCUCCCUAGAUUUACUAGAAUCAAAACCAUUGGCUGGUCUGAGAAUUGGGAUUAUACAAGAAACUCUUGGAGAAGGUGUUGCCAACGGAGUCAUAUCAUCAAUCAAGGGUGCUGCUUCACACCUGGAGCAGUUGGGAUCUGUAGUGGAAGAGGUUUCACUGCCUUCAUUUUCUCUUGGCUUACCAGCAUAUUACAUACUAGCCUCAUCUGAAGCUUCUUCUAAUCUAUCACGCUAUGAUGGUAUCAGGUAUGGAAGACAGUUUUCAGCUGAUGACUUGAAUGAGCUUUAUGGAGAGUCCAGGGCUAAUGGUUUGGGUCAUGAGGUCAAAAUGAGAAUUUUGAUGGGAACCUAUGCUCUUUCUGCCGGGUACUAUGAUGCAUACUACAAACGAGCACAACAGGUGAGGACACUGGUUAAGGAAAGCUUCAAAGAUGCUUUGGAAAGAUAUGACAUUCUAAUUUCACCAGCUGCGCCAUCAGCAGCCUACAAGAUAGGUGAAAAGAUAAAUGAUCCAUUAGCCAUGUACGCAGGAGAUAUCUUGACGGUGAAUGUUAAUUUGGCGGGUCUUCCUGCAUUGGUUGUGCCUUGUGGAUUUGUUGAAGGUGGACCUGCAGGGCUCCCAGUUGGACUUCAGCUGAUCGGAUCUCCAUUCUGUGAGGGGAAUUUGCUGAGAGUAGGCCACAUCUUUGAGCAGACUCUUCAGAAUCUCAGCUUUGUUCCACCGUUGUUGGCAGAGAGCUAGUCAACAUACCGUUGUUGGCAGAGAGCUAGUUUCAACAUAGGCAUCUCAGCCGCUCGACAAGCAAUUACCUGAGGCCCUUCUGUGCAUCGACUUCAUUCCCAUGCGGAAGAGGUUGGUACUACGCGUGUAGAAAAUAGAAUCUUUGCCCGUGGAGUUGCUGAUAAUUGUGAGAGAGCAACGGCACCCAUGCGAUGUACGCCAGCAAUCAGCACAUUGCAUACAGCACAGCAUUGUACACACCGACAGAAUGAUUGAUGAUUUUGUAUCAACGUUGGUUCUCUCUUGUGUCAAGUUUUGCAUAGAAAA